GUGGCAGUGAGGAUAUCGUGCGCCCGGUAUGUUGCUACUCCAGGUAGUAAGCAUACUGCUGGCCACGCGCCUGGGAGGAGGGACAGAGGUGGCGGUGCCUGAGAGGUACCUGAGACCACGUGAUUACAACCCUCAUCCCCUGGAGACACUACUGGCCGCCACGUUGCCUCAGCAGUUGCUGGAUCAGCAGCCCUAUCCGUACCUCAGCAGGGAGGACAGGCGACAGGACAACCGACCUGUACAGUUCCCCGACGUCCCAGACUCCGUCAAGCCCACCAAGAGCCACACUCCUGGCUACAUCACGGUACCGAAGAACUACGCGUUCGCGUACGCCGUGAAGGACCGCCAGAGUGGGGACGACUUCUCGCACAAGCAGGCUCACAAUGGGCAGUCUACCAAGGGCGAGUACAGGGUGAGGCUUCCUGACGGGCGUACACAGAUCGUGAGCUACACGGCCGAUAAACACGGCUACAAGGCGGAUGUGCGGUACGACGAGAGACCGUUGGCCAAGCGGCCUGAGGCCAGCGUGUACUACAGCCCGCCGACUUACACCGGCCUCAGCAACAGCAUCCUGCAGGACCCUGACUAUCCAGAAGAUUCUGAGCUGGUAUACAAGCAACCCCUGCAGGUGGUCCACAAGUCUAGCUUGGCCCAGCAGUAUACAAGAGUGACUGCGACCCCUCGACCUCUGGAGGUGCUCUUCAGCCCCACCCCGCAACCCUACAAGUCCCUCGGUCAGCCAGUACAGUUCCGCAGUCUACCUCAGACAGCCGCGGAGUACACGAGGUCGGACGGUGGGAGCUACUACCCCAACGGUCCCUCGCCUCCUGCUCCCGGGUACUACGCCCCCGCCGUCUCCUCCACAGCCGCUACCCCGAUAGUGGAGGAGCAGGACGACAUCCCUGCCCCUACCAAGCCCCUAGCCCUCUCACAGUAUUACGGGAGCACUCCCUCCCCUCCAUCACCUCCACCGACCGCUCAACCCGCCCCUGCUGUCCGCUACAUCCUCGUCCCUCAGUCUACAGACUAUGUAUACACAGACUCGUAGCGUGGGGCGACAGUGUUGUAAUUACAUUCACACCUUUGUCGUCAAGGACUCGUUAGGGAUCCAUUCGAGAUCGAAGAACUCAGUGAGUGAUGAGACGCUGUCAAACGCCAAAAAUUACAACAUACCUCAAAUUAAAUUGUACUAAAAAUUUAAUGGAUUUGAGGUGUACGUGAUGUUUUCGUAUGGAGCAGGAACAUUCAUAUAAUUACUGAUUACUUUAAAGGCCAGAAAACUUGACUGAUUAUCAAAUUGUACCAGUGAAUUAAGUUACCCUGUAGGUGUUAAAAGUAUAACAUUGUUCUUAAUGUACUAAUUGCCAUACUGUAAUGGAAAUUAAAUAAUAAUUAUAUGUAUUAUUUUGUAUUUUUUGUAAUAAAACUACAUAGCUA